AUGGCACCAGUGACAAGAGCAACUAUUCAUAAUUCCCGGUCAGGAAAUACAAGCCAAGAGUCCGUAGGGAGGGGACCUGAGUGUUCAGAAGAGGUCCAAAGUCAUUUUAUGGGGCGAGGGCUAGUUGGUGGUCGCCAAGUGGAUACUAACGCGGCCAAGUGGUUGAAAGCAUUCAUGGAUUUGCGCCCUCCAACAUUCAAAGGACAGCUAGAGGCUGAUCUGAGCAUAGCAAAGUAUUGGGUGGAAGAUAUUUUUCAGUUGUUAGAAUACAUGGACUGUCCUAGGGACCAAUGGAUUCAAAAAAAACGAGAUUUCAUGGAACUCAAGCAACAGUCUCACCUAACGGUAUCACAGUACGAAGACGAAUUUGUGAAAUUAUUGAAAUAUAUCCCAACUUAUAUGUUGUCAGAAGUUGAUAAGAUGGAACGAUUUAUCCAAUGGUUGCGUCCAGAGGUACGUCGAGGAAUGAGCUAUGUUGAGGCUCAUACUUUUCAUGAAGCUGUGGCUAAGGCUGUGAAUAUUGAAAAGAGAGUAAUGAAUUAUGGGGAGAUCACUCGAGCAAAGGAACCGUUCAGUGAGGGGCUAAAGAAGGUUGUACCAAACCAGGGACAUCAGUUUACUCGCCCGGAGGCAGGUAAAUUUAAGAAGGAAUUAAAAGCAUGCCCCAAAUGUUAUAAACCUCAUCGAUGGAGUCUUCCCUGCAGAAUCCCCAGAGCCACCAAGGAAUGCUAUAACUGUGGUGAGAUGGGGCAUAUAGUCAGAAAUUGUCCAAAAUGGUUGGAGAUGAACACUGUUAAGACAGACCCACCAGUUGCAGGGGUCCAGAGGAAACCGAUAGUAUGUUUUAAUUGCAAUACACCAGGGCAUAUAGCUUCUUGGUGUCCCCAACGUGAAAAGACUGGACUACCAAGAUCAACCGAGGAAGGAGCGUGA